AUGACCAUCCCCGAGGAGGUCGAUAUCAUCAUCUGCGGCGGCGGCAGCUCCGGCUGCGUGCCGGCCGGCCGUCUGGCGAACCUGGACCACAAUCUGUCGGUUCUGCUGAUCGAAGCUGGCGAGGAUAACUUGAACAAUCCAUGGGUCUACCGUCCCGGUAUCUACCCUCGGAACAUGAAGCUGGACUCCAAGACAGCUUCGUUCUACUACUCUCGUCCGUCGGAGCAUCUCGAUGGCCGACGAGCCAUCGUGCCUUGUGCCAAUGUGCUCGGUGGAGGCAGCUCGAUCAACUUCAUGAUGUACACCCGCGCCUCGGCCUCCGACUACGACGACUGGCAAGCCCCCGGCUGGAAGACCGACGAGCUGAUCCCGCUCAUGAGGAAACACGAGACGUACCAGCGUGCCUGCAACAACCGCGAUAUUCACGGCUUCGAGGGACCCAUUAAGGUCUCUUUUGGCAACCACACCUAUCCCAUCGCGCAGGACUUCCUCCGCGCUGCCGAGUCCCAGGAUAUCCCUACCACUGAUGAUCUGCAGGAUCUGAAGACUGGUCAUGGAGCAGAGCAUUGGUUGAAGUGGAUCAAUCGGGAUACUGGCCGACGAAGCGACGCCGCCCACGCAUACGUGCACAGCACGCGUGCCCGGCACUCGAACCUGCACCUGAAGUGCAACACCAAGGUGGACAAGAUCAUCAUCGAGAACGGACGCGCCGUGGGCGUAGCCACCGUGCCAACCAAGCCGCUGGACGGACGCGAUCCACCGCGCCGCAUCUUCCGCGCGCGCAAGCAGAUCAUCCUCAGCAGCGGCACGCUCAGCUCGCCUCUCGUCCUGCAGCGCUCGGGCGUCGGCGACCCCGACAAGCUGCGCCAGGUCGGCAUCAAGCCGGUGGUCAACCUGCCCGGCGUGGGCCGCAACUUCCAGGACCACUACCUCACCUUCUCGGUGUACCGGGCCAAGCCAGACGUCGAGUCGUUUGACGACUUCGUGCGCGGCGACCCCGAGGUCCAGAAGAAGGUGUUCGAGGAGUGGAAUCUCAAGGGCACGGGACCGUUGGCGACGAACGGUAUCGACGCGGGCGUGAAGAUCCGGCCUACCCAGAAGGAGCUCGACGAGAUGAAGAAGUGGCCGACUCCGGAGUUCGUCGAUGGUUGGGAGACCUACUUUAAGAACAAGCCGGACAAGCCAGUUAUGCAUUAUUCGGUCAUUUCGGGCUGGUUCGGCGACCACAUGCUCAUGCCCCCCGGCAAGUUCUUCACUAUGUUCCACUUCCUGGAAUACCCCUUCUCCCGAGGCUCCACACACGUCCAAUCCCCCGACCCCUACGAAACCCCCGACUUCGACGCCGGCUUCAUGAACGACAAGCGGGACAUGGCCGCCAUGGUCUGGGGCUACAUCAAGUCGCGCGAGACGGCGCGCCGCAUGAACUCGUACGCCGGCGAAGUGACCUCGCAUCACCCAUUUUACGCGUACAACUCGCCCGCCCGCGCGUUUGAUAUGGAUCUCGCGACGACUAAGGCGUAUGCGGGGCCGAAUCAUUUGUCGGCUGGUAUUCAGCAUGGCACCUGGUCUCACCCGAUUGAGCCCGGUAAGGCGCCUUCACCGGUGCAUUUGAACUCCAACCAGGUGGAAGCGAGAGAACCGUUGGAAUACACCAAGGAGGAUAUCAAGGAGAUUGAGAAAUGGGUGCAACGCCACGUCGAAACCACCUGGCACUCGCUAGGAACCUGCAGCAUGGCUCCGCGCGAAGGCAGCUCGAUCGCCCCGCAAGGCGGCGUGGUCGACGAGCGUCUGAACGUCUACGGUGUCAAGGGCCUGAAGGUUUGUGAUCUGUCCAUCUGUCCGGAUAACGUUGGGUGUAAUACGUUUAGCACGGCUCUCCUGAUCGGUGAGAAAUGCGCUAUGCUCACGGCCGAGGACCUGGGUUACUCUGGGGAUGCGUUGGAUAUGAAGGUGCCGACUUACCAUGCGCCCGGGGAGUUUGCGAACCUGUCUAGGUUGUAG